UCAUUUCCAUUUUGUCGUGACGAGUACGGUAGUGUUAUAUUCCAAGCGAAAAAGAAAAAACACUGUCAGACAGCGAGCAGAGCAUACAUUUAAUAAUGAAUUGUUAAAACGAUAGGUGCGCGCCGAAUUAAAAUUGCGUAUGUUCGUAUGAUCAGUUGAAACAGUUAACAAUAAACGCUAUUUUUUUUAUAACAAAUUUAUGCGUCGUCGUCUGCUGCUGUUCAAUCGUUAAAAAGUGCGUGGAAAAGUGUACGAAACCAAUACACGGAAAGUGGGACAACCGAGCGCUGCGCUUGUUGGUGUAGUGUGCUGUGCGUGUGUGCUAUAUGUGUGUGUAGUGUGUAGUGUGUAUGGUUGUGUGCGGUGUGUGCUGUGUGUUUGUGUGCGAGACGAGUACAAGUACGGGUAAUUUGUACCGACUACAGUCUCAUCAAUGUGUACGACAAUGUUUUUUUUGUAUAUUAAAUAAAUAUAACGAAAAAGUGCAACGAAAUGUUUACAAAUUGUGCAAAUAAAAACAAAACAUGUUCCAUGUCUUAACACACAUCGACAAAGACACGCGCACACCAAUAUACACGCGAAUUGCAUGCAAAGAGAAGGCGCUCAACUUCUACUCCAUCUUCUUUUGUCUGACGUUUUGCCGCAUGGCAAAAGGCAAUUGCUUUUGGUGCGGAUAAAGGAAUAAAGCAAUGAAUGAUUUACGCCAGCAACAGGUACAGGUAGCAGCAACAUCAUCUUCAGUUAGCCUGGCAGCAACACCCCUCUGCUCCAGCAACAGCUCCACGAGCAGCAGCAGCAUCAGCAACAUUAACAGCGCCAGCUCCAGCUCCAGUGCCAGCGUCAGUCCACGUUCCAGUUCAAAUUCGAAUUCUAGUGUUGGUUCGACAAACUGCAAGUCCGCCAUAACGACGACAGCAGCAGCCACAACAACAACGAGCAACAGUAGCAGCAGCAGCAUCAUCAUCAUCCAGCAACAGCAGCAACAGUCGGAGGAAGAGGAGCAGCAGGUAGUUAGCUCUACAUCGUCGCAGCAACACCAACAACAAUUGAAUGUGUCGACAGCAGCAGCAGCAACGCAGCGCCAACAACAGCAGCAACAUCAUCAUCAUCAGCAGCAGCAACACCUGCAGCAGCAACAACAGCAACACCUGCAGCAGCAGCAGCAAUCGCUGCAGGAACAGCAUCAGUUGGUGGGUCAAAUAACCAGCACCACAGCAUCGCCGCCGCAGCACAGACUGCGCGACGAUGCGCAGCUGCCAUAUAGCCCCAGCAGCAGCAGCAACAACAGCAGUGGACCAACGGCAACAGCAGCCGCAGCAGCAGCAGCAACAACAACAACAAUGGCCGCCACAGCUUUAGAUGUGAAUGGCGAGGAGAAUAACAGCAGCAGCAACAACAAGAGCAGCAGCGGCGGCGGCGGCGGUGGCAGCAGUCACAAGCUAAUACUUAAGCUCUCCAAGCACGGCAGCAGCAGCACAAGCGAAUCUCAGGCGGGCAACGAUGAGCGACGCGUCGAGCCGCUGCGCAUACAAUUGCCCACACAGUUGCCAACAACAACAGCCACAACUGCUGCAGCCGCAGCAGCAACAACAGCAACGAAUGCAAUGGGACAGCAGGGCACUGUGCCUAAGCUAACAAUUAGGCCAAUCAAAGCACAAGAUAAUAUGUCCAACAAUUCAGAUGCAUCCUCGUCCUGCUCCUCCUCCUCGUGCGCCGACGAGGAGCAGCUGCCCCACAUCGUGCCCAAGCUAACAAUACGAGCCGCCAACGAGGAACGGGACAGUAGCGUGGUGCCGAAGCUCAUUAUUAAGAUGCCCGAUGCAUCAGUUGCUGCUGCUGCUGCCGCUGCCGCUGCCGCCGCCGCUGUGGAGUCCAGCAAUUGUCACAGCCCGCUGAAGUCGGUGAAUGCAAUUGCAGCAGCAGCGGCUGCCGUUGCUGCUGCUGCCGGCGGCGGUGCACUGCCCAAGCUAACCAUCAAGACCACCAAAUUGGAGGGCAAUGGCGGCAGCGAAACGCAGCUCAUCAGCUGCAGUCUGUCCCCGGCGUCUGCGUCCAGCUCAUCUGCCAGCUCCUUUUCCUCGGCCAGCGAGCAACUGCAGCAUCAGCAGCAGCAGCAGCCCACAGUGCCUAAGCUGAUGAUCAAGACAACGCAUGCGGGCAGCAGCUGCAUUAGCAGCGAGGAGCAGCAACAGCAUCCUCACCCGCACGCGCACCCGCAGCAGCAGCAACAACAACAACAACAAAUACCAAAGCUAACCAUCAAAACGGGCAACCAGGAGCAACUGCUGUUGCAGCAACAGCAGCAACAACAACAGUUGCCGCAGCACACGGUGAUCAUGACGCAUGACGCAAAGAAUGCGCAGUCCAUACCCAAGCUAACUAUCAAGACCAAGUCCAUUGAGCUCGACGAUGAUGAACAACAGCAGCAACAGCAACAGUUGGUGCCCAAGCUCACCAUUAAGACGGGCAACAGCAGCAACGAACAGCAGCAGCAACAGCAACAGCCUCUGCUUAAGCUGACCAUCAAGAAUCUUUGCUCGCCCAAGCACAAGGUGCGCGCUGUGCUCGAAGAGAAGGUGCUAACUUCCAAGCUAACGCUCACCAAUGGCGGCGACAGCAACACAACAGCUGCAGCAGCAGCAACUGUUGCUGAUGCCGAAACGGAUGAGCUGCGUCGCAAUUCUGACGAUAUGGACAUUGAUGAUGCGUUGUCCAAGGAGCAUGAUCCAAAAAUGUUUCACAAUUUGCCACCAGCGCACAGCAGCAAUGGCAUUGUGCCGCAGCAACAGCAACAGCAAUUGCAACUAACGAAACAGCAACAUCAAUUGCAACUAACAAAACAGCAACAACAACAUAAUAUUGUGGAUAUGGUUGAUUUGACUUCAUCGCCUUCGCCGGGUUCCUCGCCGGCGCAUGUCAACAACAGCAGCAGCAGCAUCAGCAUCGGCAGCAACAACAGCAGCAGCAGCAGCACUACUCAGGGCAACAGCUAUGCGACAGCAACAGCUGUUAGCAGACCACAGAAUCGCCUGCUGCUCGAGUGCUUGCAGAUGCAGGAAGCAAUCACCGCCCCCAACAAUAGCAGCAGCAGCAACAACAACAACAAGAGCAGCGGCACCAGCAAUCCCGCCUCACCCAACUCCAAUAUAUUGCUCAGCCAGCUAACAGCGCCGCCGAAGAGCUUCAGCAACAGCAGCAGCAGCGGCAACAAUUCAACAUCUGCUGCAAAAUAUCCACAGCUAACGGAACGUUUAAUGGCAAAUGGAGCAGCAGUAACAACAACAACAACAACAGCAGCAGCAGCAGCAAGUGCUGCUGCAGCAGCAACUAUUGCUCGCGGAGCAGAGCCGAUAAUCGAUUCGAUUGAGAUAUUGGACACGCCCGAGGGCAGCCCACAUCCGCAAUUGACGCCCUCCUAUAUGCAAAGUGCCUACGAGACGGAGCAGACGCCGCCAUCACCAACGCCACCGCCACAGCAUCAGCAGCAGCAGCAACUAAGCAAUCAUCUAAACCAUUUGAAUCUAAAUCUUAAUCUGAAUCCAAAUCAUAAGCCAGACAAUCAACAGCAACAGCAGCAGCAGCAACUCAACAACAAUGAGAAUCAUUUGAAGCGACAGCAACAGCAUCAGCAACACCUACAGACAGAUGCAGAAUCUCCCAGUGGCUUGCCGCCGAAUAAACAGCGGCGCCUGGACAAUAAUGAAAAUGAUCAACAGACGCACAACUGCAGCAAUGACACAGCAGCAACAGUUGCUGUCAGUCCAAUAGCAGUAGCGCCAACGACAGCAGCAACAACAACAACAACACCCGAGCAUCAGCAGCAGCAACAGCCAACGCAUCGCAGUCGCAAGCAGAAGCACGAACGCAUACUAAAUACGGAGCUUGAGGAGCCGCAGCAACAGUUGCCGCUGCCAGGGACACCAACAGUGAGCGACCACGCCCACAGCAAUGGCAGUCUGCAGCUGGCGCAGGAAUUCCUUGGGGCGGCUGCGGCCUGUUGCAAGCAGCUAUCGUCACCACUGCCCACGCCUGGCGGCACUGGCAAGCGGCGCGGCAGACCCAAGCGCAAUGCCAACGAAUUGACGCCAGCGAAAGCAGCCGCCGCAGCUGAGCUGAUGGAGUCCAGCAGCAAGUCGCGGCGCGUGCAGCUGCUGCACAAGCGACUGGCCAUCGAUAUGGUAGCUUCGGAGCUGAAUCAUAGCUUGAAGGUGCAGCAGCAGCUGUUGCAUGAGAUGAAGGAAUUUGAUGCCACGCAGCAGGAGCAGCAACAACAGGAACAGCAGCAACGCCUGUCAGCAAUUGAAACGCCGGGACGUUGCAUAAAGCAGCGACUGUUACGUGCCACACGACGCAGUACAGCAGCAGCUGCAACAGCAACUGGAACUGGAGCAGGAACGGGAACGGGAAAUGUUGGAACUCCAGCAAAGGCAACGCGCAAGCGUCAAAGCAAAGCCGCAGUGGCUGCUGCAGCAGCAGCAGCAGCAGCUGUAGCGGCGGCGGCUGAAGCAGCAGCAACAGCAACAACAGCUGCAGCAGCAACAGAAUAUCCAGUUGGGCUGAUGCCACGCCUCGACCGAGAAACGGAGCUGAGCAACGACAGCAACAGCAAGAGCAACAACAAUAGCAUGGCCUAUGCUCUGGCGGCUCAGAUUGAUCUAACCAUGUGCUCGUCCUCCUCGUCCACUAGCAAUGGCAGCGCAAUGGCGACAACAACAACCACAACGGCAGCAGCAGCAACUAUUGCCGCCGGCACAGCUGUGAAUAGUAGCAACAGCAAUAGCGGCGGUGGCAGCAACAACUGCUCCAUGUUGCCGCCAACAACCAUAUUAUCCUCAUCCGAUCCGCUGCCGGAUGUGAUCUUUCAGCCCAACGACUUUUCCUCAAUAACUGCCACGCAGCAGCUGCGCAACAACAACAAUAACAACAACAACAGCAACACGAACAGCAUCAGCGGUGGCAGCCAACAUGAAUCGCACGAUGAGGACAACUACAGCGCAUUGGAUAACUCUGGAGAUGAGUCUUCCGCAUUGUGCAAUCCUUUGAGCGCCUUCGGCACCAAUCCAGCAGCAGCAGUGCCAGCAGCGCCAUCGACACCAACGCGCGGCCGCGGACGUGGACGCGGCAGAGGCGCCGGCGGCGGCUCAGCACGCAGCAACAGUGGCGGCAACUCGGCCAAUCGAAAUAAUGCGAACAACGCGCAGCCGCGAGUCCCGCGCAUGAGUCGCGGCGCCAGCGCCGUUGCCAAAGCCAUUGCCCUCAGUCGGCCGCGCUGCGUGGGUGGACUUAAGCAUCAGCCGGAUCCGGAACGACUCAAGGGCUUCUUUAGUCCGUCGCCACAGGUCUUUGAAGAGGACACACGCAUGAGUGCUGAUCUAAAUAACAGUAAUCAAUCGGUAACGAGCAUGGAGCCUCCACUGACGCCACAAAAACAACCGGACUUCCUUAACAACGAGGAGUCGCAAUCGUCCAUGCUGAGCAACGUUAGCCUAAUGGACUCCAACCAGGGCCAAUCGGUGGAUGCGAUAAUCGGCUCGGCGCUUAAGCGACCCAAGAAGAAGAAGAUGGAAAUUUGUGUGGCUGAAGACACGGAAUUCAGUGCGUCAAGCAUUGCGGAAUAUGAUUGGCCCCCACCCAAGGGCUGUUGCCCGUCCAAGAAUCGUGAUACGUUCAUGAUCCAGGAGCAGGUCGCUCUCUAUUUGGGCAUCACGAGCUUUAAGCGUAAAUAUCCGGAUUUGCCGCGACGCGCUGUCGAUAUGGAGGAGCGCAAUUGGCUGCAGGAGAAGGGUCUCGUCAGCGAGAAGAUGUGCGAUCUCGGCAUUACAGCCGUCUGGGCAUCCGAUAUACUGGACAUAAUGUAUGCCGAUUUCUAUGACAAGUACGAGGAGUACAAAGAGUAUAUUAGGCAAAAGCAUCUGCGCGAAAUCGAGGCCAAACAGAAGGCGCUUGGCCUCACCGUUGGCACUGGGCGUGGCCUGCAGGCACGCGAUCGCGCAAUGCUCUCGGCCAGCAAAUGGAAUGUGUACUUUAAUAAAACGCGGAAAGAGGAACGUGUCGCCUGUUUGGAUCUGCAAACGUUCACCAUGAAUUUUCCCGUGCAGCACUCAGCAGCCAGCUCCACUGCGUUGCAUCGAUCUAUUACGGACACAGUGCUUGCCGCAGCGCAGGCAGAGAAUAUGCCAACGCCGCCGCAACUGCUCGGUCCGCGUGCCUACGAUGAAGCGUUCCAGCAGCCCGAUCAUGCCUAUCCACUGGCCCUGGUGCCAGGCCAAUUUUCGUCCAGCUAUAGAAAACUAACGCCCGCGGAACUAAGAGCUUAUCCCCUGAAUACUGUCCUGGAGUUGCCGCAACAGCAGCGAGACGAGCAGGAGCAGGAUGAGCAACAGCUGCUGCAGGACAGUGUGAAAGCGUCGCAAGGCAGGUUACAGACAGCAGCGGUGCGGCGCAGUCAGCGUUCGCGUCAGCAGCGCAGCAAUGAUCCGGCCAAACCCAGCAGCCUCUGCUAUGCCAGCGCAAGCAGCAGCAGCAGCAGCAGCGGUUCCAGUAGUAGCGAAUCUGACAGCGAAGCGGACAGCGACAGCAGCUGCAGCAGCGCCAGCAGUUACAGCAGCCGCUGCAGCAGUUGCAGCAGUGACAACAGCUCCAUAAACACCGCCAGCGAAACUGAGAUGAUAAAGCAGCGCGAGAAGGAUGCACGAUUGUCAUCGCACAACUGCGGCGUCUGCCAGCGCAGUCAGCAUCGGAAUGCACGAAAUAGGCCCGAGGCAUUUAUACGCUGCUACAGCUGUCGCCGUAAAGUGCAUCCUAGCUGCAUUGAGAUGCCGCAGCGUAUGGUCGGACGUGUGCGCAACUACAAUUGGCAAUGCGCCGAAUGCAAGUGCUGCAUCAAAUGCCGCAGCAGCCAACAGCCCGGGAAGAUGCUCUACUGUGAGCAGUGCGAUCGUGGCUAUCACAUUUACUGCCUGGGUAUUAAGACGGUGCCCGAGGGUCGCUGGAGCUGUGAACGCUGUUCGAUUUGUAUGCGCUGUGGCGCCACACGGCCCGAGGGACUGCCUCAAGUGCAGCAGCCCGAUUUGUUGUCACCCAGUGGCAAUGGCAGCCAAGCAAAGCCCGCCGUGAAGCACAAAAAGGUUAAAUGGCAGAACGAGUAUCGCAUCGAUCACAUCACCAAUUUGCGCGAACAUUGCGGCAUGCUUUGCGUGCCCUGCGCACGCGCCAAGCCCACCAAAAGGAUAACGACGCCCAACAGCAGCAGCAGCAGCAGCAGCAGCAGCAAUUGUGAACAGUUGCAGCUGCAAUUGCAGUCGAAUGGUGGCGCUGCAACAAUGGAGGCAGCCGCUGCAGCGCUGAGCCCCAGCAAUAGCAGCAGCAGCAGUAGCAACAACAACAAUAAUAAUAAUAAUAAUUUUAGUAAUAGCAACCAGCUGGAGGCUAAUGCUGCUGGUAGGCAACGACUGCCAGCGCAGCAACAGUUGUUGCUGCAUAGAAGCCACGAUAUGGCGACAAUGCAUAGCAGCAGCAAUGAGGAAGCAACAGCAGCAACAAUUAUAACAACAACGCCCGCCAGCAACAGCAACAACAACUCCGUAACGUAA